AUGAAAAUUCCAUCAGAAAUCCCUUAGGAAAAAGAUACUGCCGAACGUAAUUCUUGGGGAAACUCCAAUUCUUAAGGAGAUCAGGAUUCAGCCUCUUAGAAAGAUGAACUAAAUAAGAGUAUAGAGUUGGGACGCAAAAAGCGGUAGUAACUUGUAUUAGAGAAUCCUGAAUUUCAAAUAAAAUAGGAAAUUGAAGAUGAGAAACAAAACAUCAAAGUUGAAACACUCAUUCGAAGAGAUGUGGCUAGUGCUAUCAACAUCAAAGAUCUACUGAAAUUGAAGAUUUCUUCAAAGGACAUAAAAAAUCCAAUACACAGUCUAUUUCGUUGGAUUCUUCUCAUUUUCUACAAAGCCAACCCUGAGUUGUAUAAUUGGCCUGAAUUCAAGGACUAAAUACUUGAUAAGAAUCACGGGUAAGAUCUGGUGAAUCGACUGGGGUACCAAAGUGUUGUGCAUAUCACUCAGUUGGAAGGGGAGAAGACUAAAUUCUUACUGAACUUGAAAUAAAAAAUAUUAGAGGAAAAUAGUUAGCCUGAAGCAGCUAAGAACGCUCUGAUUAAAAUAUUCGAUAUCGUUGAGAUAGUGUAUAAAACGCACGAACAUGCAAAAGGCAUCAAUCAUCUUGUUGAUGAAUUAAUUAAGCAAGAAGAUAACAUCAACAACUACAAAGAGGAAAUCAAGAAAGUGAAUCAUCAAAUUCAAGAGGCCAAGUCAAGUCUGAAAAGUUUGGAAAGCAAAUCUUAGAAUGAUGAGAACUUAUCUUAGAACGAUGAAAUUGUAUAAGAAUGA